AUGAAAUAUUCUCAGAAAUAUUCAUGUAACUGGGAAUCACUUCCAUUGUUCAAGGGUUGGCUGCAACCGAGUUUGAAGAAGAAAAAUAGAGCUUAUUGCAAAGCCUGUGAUUGUGAACUUAAUGCAAAGAAAUCCAAGCUAGAGAAACAUGCAGGUGGACAAAAACACAAAACAAAUGUCAGUAGUGCUGCCAAACAACCUACCCUAUUGUCAAUGUCAUUUGCAAGAGGACAUUCACCACUGGAUAAAGAGGUGAAAAAAGGUGAAAUAAAACUAGCAGCUUUUGUUGCAGAAUAUAACCUACCUAUGAGUAUUAUGACACAUUUAACCCAACUAAUAAAAUCUGUAUGUAGUGACUCAGAGAUUGCUAAAUAUAUUGCAUGCAGUAGAAAUAAGACUACCGCAAUACUCAAGAAAGUAAUUGGUGAAGCUAGCAAGGAAGAGCUGGUCAGCAAUCUAAAAACUCAAAAGUUUUCAAUUAUUGUUGAUGAAUCGACCGACAAAGGUUGCACUAAACACCUGUGCCUACUUGCCCGUCUGAUACAAGGCGGUAAAGCUAAUGAUGUAUUUCUUGGUCUAGUUCCUGUACAGGAAAGAAGUGCUCAAAGCUUGUAUGACAGCGUUGUUAAAGUAUUUGUAGAUAAUGGGAUUCCCUACAAAGAGAACAUGAUAGGCUUUGCAUCGGAUGGCGCUAACGCUAUGAUGUCUUCUCGCCUUAUGACUGAUGUUCCUAAUCUGUUCAUUAUGAAAUGCAUCUGUCAUUCAUUCCAUUUGUGUGCCUCAUAUGCUUGCAUGACUCUUCCAAGGGUAGUUGAGCAGCUAGCAAGGGAUGUAUAUAAUUACUUCAUGUCAAGUCCUAAGAGGUUAUCAGAGGUAGAGGAAUUCCAAGAUUUUGUGAAGUCAGACUCGCUGUCCCUUCAGGCUGUAGUGUGUCGGGUUCUAGAACAGUAUGAUGCUACACUAUCAGAGAGAAUUGUGGCAGCAGAAAAGACCCUUCAAAUAAGCUAUGAGAUUUACUUGGGAGGUAAAGUAACAGCAGCUAUUGCACAAAACACUCAUGGCUUGUCUCAGCCAAAUGUGGAGGAGUUUCUAAAGCGUUGUUUAAACUUUCUGAUUGAGAUGUUUAAACACCUGAGGCUCAUUGAUUCCAAAGUAGUGCUGAAAAAAAGUGAACCAUCCAUUGCACCACUAGUCAGCUUACUUCCAGGAAUCAUUGAAGAAAAUAAGUUGAACGAGAUAGAUAAUGAAUGGAGACUACUUUGGAAUACAGACCUUGAAGUAGAUGAUAGUAUUGACACAGAAAGACUCUGGCAAACCGUGCAGCUGCUGAAAGAAUCUUUUCAGCAAUUAACAACAUGA